AUGGUGAGGAGGCUGGCGGAGCUGGGGCUGACUGUGGUGUUGACUUCUAGGGAUGUAGGAAAGGGGAUGGCCGCUGUCGAGGAGCUCAGAGCUGGAGGCCUGCGGGUGGCCUUCCGCCAGCUGGACGUCUCAGAUGAGGCCUCCAUCCAGGAAUUCGCGUCCUGGCUCCGCCAGACGUUCCACGCAUUGGACAUCCUCGUAUGCUUCCACUUACUCUCUCUCUCUCGAUCUCUAUCUCGAUCAUCAUGCAACCCCUACUCUCUCUCUCUCUCUCGAUCUGUAUCUUGAUCAUCAUGCAACCCCUACUCUCUCUCUCUCUCCCUCGAUCUCUAUCUCGAUCAUCAUGCAACCCCUACUCUCUCUCUCUCUCGAUCUCUAUCUUGAUCAUCAUGCAACCCCUACUGUUUCGCUCUCUCGAUCUCUACCUCGAUCAUCAUGCAACCCCUACUCUCUCUCUCUCUCUCUCGAUCUCUAUCUCGAUCAUCAUGCAACCCCUACUCUCUCUAUCUCGAUCAUCAUGCAACCCCUACUCUCUCUCUCUCGAUCUCUAUCUCGAUCAUUACGCAACCCCUACUCUCUCUCUCUCUCCCCCCCUCUCCCUCUCGAUCUUUCUCUCUGUCAAUCUAUCUUAUUUUUCAUGUCUAUCUCUGCGCCUGAUAUUUCCCUAGAGAGCGAGAGAGAGAGAGAGAGAGAGAGAAAGAGAGAGAGAGAUGAGUUCACAGAAAAGGAGUGACAAUACUCAUCAUCAUCACUCCUACUAAGAAUACAGCACCACAGACCUCGGCUUCCCCCACGGCGGGGCCUGGUUUUUUCCAAACGACAGAACUCAGAUUCCCUGUCCCCCCACCGGCGCAGGUGAACAACGCCGCAGUCUCCUUCAACGACAUCGGCGAGAACUCGGUGGCGCACGCCGAGGCGGUAAUCCGCACCAACUUCCACGGCCCCAAGCGCCUCACCGAGGCCCUCCUCCCCCUCUUCCGGCGCUUCUCCUCCCACAGCCGCAUCCUCAACAUCAGCUCUCAGCUUGGACUUCUCAGCGUAAGCACUCCACACCACACCCGACCCUGCUCCUCUCUCAUAACCCGGAGAGAUAGAUAGAUUGACAUGUAUAUUUUUGUGUGAUCUCAGAGGGUGUGUGAGAAUGUCUUUGCAGGAGGUGAAGAACGAGGGGCUGAGGGCAAUGCUCAAGGACGAGGAGGGGCUGUCGGAGGCGGCGAUCGAGGACAUGGUGGCGGCUUUCCUGGGGGACGUGAAGGAGGGGACGUGGCGGCAGCGCGGGUGGCCGAGACUGUGGACGGACUACUCGGUGUCGAAGCUCGCCCUCAACGCGUACACGAGGUUGCUGGCGAGGAAGCUCGAGGGAGCCCGGAUCAGCGUGAACUGCUUCUGUCCGGGAUUCACGAGGACCGACAUGACGCGUGGCCGCGGCGAGCGCACGGCGGAGGAGGCCGCCGACGUCGCCGCCACCCUCGUCCUCCUCCCCGCCGCCAAGCUUCCCACGGGGAGGUUCUUCAAAUGGUGCACCCCCAUCUUGUACUCCGCCAUCUGA